CAAGAAAACUCAUCCCAGGCUUUGAGUGAAUUCAAUUCCCAGAACUACAGCAAUCUUCUCCUUAUCCUUAUACCAUCUUUUAAAGAAAAUGUCUUGCAAUUGUAGCUGUGGCAGUGACUGCAAGUGCGGCAGUGGCUGCAAGUGUGGCAUGCACCCUGAUAUGAGCUACUCAGAGACCACUUCCACUGAAACUAUCAUUGCCGGAGUUGCACCUGUGAAGAUGUUCUCUGAGGGGUCUGAGAUGAGAUAUGGAGCAGAGAAUGACUGCAAGUGUGGCUCAAGCUGCAGCUGCAGCUCAUGUGGCUGCCACAAAUGAUCGAAGCAAGCCAAUAUCCAGACUCAAAGAAGAAAGCUGUGAUGGUCUCUAUAAUAAAUAAGAAGAAGACUGCAAAAGCUUGGUUUUAGAACUUACUGUAAAAUAAGAUUAGCCAUGGGAUUUGCUUUGUGUCCUGUGGCAACCUUAAUUAUUUUUAUGUUACAUCUUUCUUAAUUUAUGUGUUUGUUUACCUCAAUUUCUUGUGGGUUUUACUUUGUUGUGUGUUUGGGUUAGGAAAUGAUAAAUGAAAUUGUAGUGGACAUGAACGAUUGAGAGCUC